CAGCAGGAACUGGCCAGACGGCCCAGGAGUAAGGGAGAAACGAGGGGUCAAAGGGAUACCGGUCUCACCCACGAGUGCGGGGUCUUUGGAUGCAUUGCCGCCGGUGAUUGGCCCUCGCAAAUAGAUGUUGGUCAAGUUGUGUGCCUUGGUCUGAUCGCGCUGCAGCACAGGGGCCAGGAGAGUGCGGGCAUAGUGACGAGCGAGGGCGUCUGCGCCAAGUCCUUCCACGUGCACAAGGGUAUGGGCAUGAUCAACAACAUCUUCAAUGACGACAGCAUGCGGAAGCUCCGCGGCAACCUCGGGAUCGGGCACACGCGUUACAGCACCAGCGCCGCCAGCGAGGAGGUCAACUGUCAGCCCUUCGUCGUACACACGGCUCACGGCGCCCUCGCCGUCGCCCACAACGGCGAGCUCGUCAACACCGAGUCCCUUCGAAAAAUGGUAUUGGGCCGCGGCGUCGGUCUUUCCACGCACUCGGACUCGGAGCUCAUCACCCAGGCGCUCUGCCUCAAUCCCCCCGAGGGCGAACUCAACGGCCCAGACUGGCCGGCUCGCAUAAAGCACCUCAUGCAGUUGGCGCCCCUGUCCUACUCACUCGUCAUUAUGCAGAGGGACCGCAUCUACGGAGUCAGGGAUCCGUACGGGAACCGACCGCUUUGCAUCGGCAAAAUCGUGCCAGUUGGCAACUUGGGUCAUGAUUCCGAUGACGACAAUGUCGAGGCCGAGGGCUGGGUUAUUUCAUCAGAGUCUUGUGGCUUUCUUAGCAUCGGAGCCAGGUACGUUCGCGAAGUUUUUCCUGGAGAGAUCGUGGAAAUGACCAGAGAGGGUAUAAAGACCAUCGACAUUAUCGAGACGCCAGACAAGAAGUCGCAAGCCUUCUGCAUUUUUGAAUAUGUCUACUUUGCGAGAAGCGAUAGUAUUUUCGAAGGACAAAUGGUCUACUCCGUCAGAAUGCAAUGCGGCCGCGUCCUUGCCCGGGAAUCGCCCAUCGAAGCUGACAUUGUCAGUUCUGUUCCAGAAUCCGGAACGGCCGCUGCACAUGGUUAUGCAAGAGAGUCUAACAUUCCUUUUGCUGAAGUAUUAUGUAAAAAUAGAUACGUUGGCAGAACAUUCAUUCAGCCCAGUACGAGGCUCAGGCAGCUUGGUGUCGCUAAGAAAUUUGGCGCUCUAUCGGAAAACGUUAAAGGGAAGAAAGUUAUUCUCAUCGAUGAUUCGAUUGUUAGAGGAAAUACCAUAGGACCGAUUAUCAAGCUUUUAAAAGAUGCGGGAGCGAAACAGGUCCACAUAAGAAUUGCCUCUCCACCAUUGAAGUAUCCAUGCUACAUGGGUAUCAAUAUUCCCACACGGGAAGAGCUCAUUGCUAAUCGGCUUGACAAUAUCAAGCUGGCUAAGCAUGUUGGAGCGGACAGUUUGACGUACCUCUCUGUAGAAGGUCUUGUCCAGGCGGUACGACACGGAAUGGAUAAUCGUGAGAGCAGCUACGUUGGCCAUUGUACAGCUUGCUUGACCGGUGAAUACCCGGAUGAACUCACAAGUGAUUUGAGUUGGUGAAUAACCGAUCGUCGUCAUUUAAUGAAUCAUUCCUAGCCAACUCGUUCGUCUUCCGGCAUGAUAAUGACUGCUCGUUAAUCUGCGAGCAGAGAAUCCAAACGAAAAUGUCAUGUUACCAUGGAAUAUAGAGUCUCAUUAUGUUAACCCAUUUUCAGCGUUGAAUUGAAGAAAUUUAUCAUUUUAUUCAUCGAAACGAUGAUUAACAAUCUAAACGAACGAAAUUUAAAAUUAAAAAGUAAUUCAUUUUUAUACCUACUUUAAGAGGAGAAUUAUUUGGGAGCAUUAUUGCAAAAUUGUUAUUGAUAAAUGUAUUCGCUGCUUUGUUUAUGUAUGUCAAUUUUUUUUUACAUAUACUUUGUCUAUAAGUAAAUGAUCGAUUGUUAUCUAUGGUUUGCGAAAAACGAGAUAAUAUCCCAUGAAGAAUAUUGUACAAUAAAUAUAUAUCUAUAUAAUAUUUAUACGCAUAUGGAUUUUGAGUAAAAAUGUCAUGUAUAGUUUGAUAUUUUUGUUAAAAGAAAAAGUCAAAUUU